AUGUCUGCUGUUUUAAAAAAUAAUCACACAGCUGAAGGUAAAUAUUUAGAGUCAUUUAGUUCUGAAAGAGUCUUACAAUUGGAAUCAGUGAUUAAACAUAUUAAAGGUAAUAGCAUUAAUUUAUCUGAUGCUACAGAGGAUAGCGAAAGUAAAAUUCUUGACGACAAAAGAAUUGAAAAAUUUAAAAUUGAAGGACCACUUAUGCUAAAAAUUAAUAAUAUUAUUCAAGACCCUACCCUUGAUAAUUAUACAAAACAAGUUGCUAUUGAAAAAUUAUCCUUAGAAUAUGAUCUUAACUGGUUUACUAAUGAAAUGAAAAAUUCAUUAGAAGCGAGAUCUGUAAUAUUACAUGAUAUUUACAGAAGUUUAGAUACAGGGUUAAAAUAUAUAACUUUACCUUAUACCAAAAAUAAUUGGUUCAAGUUUGGUAAAUUAAUAGAUAAAUCCGGUCUAGAAAAUAUUGAUAGUAACAACAAAGAUCAAAUUAAACUAAAAUCUUUAUUAGUUAUCUUUAUUUUAGGUAACGAUAAUAUUAUUAGUACAUCUUUCAAAACUAUUAUUGAAUUAAUUAAUAAAUCGGAUGAUGCUAUGAAAGCUAAUAGAACUGAGUUAGUAUUUAAUAUGGGAAAUAAAUUAUUUAAAUUUGCUAAUUAUAAACUUAAUAAAUUACAUAAUGUUCUUGAUAGUAAAGAUAAUGGAGAAAUUAAUAAAGUUAAAGAAAUUGAUCAAUUUAAUCAAAUAUUAAAACUAUUACCUUAUGAUAAAAUAUUUGAAAUUAUUAAUGGUUAUAGUGAAACUGAUAAAUUUGAAAUUGGGGAUACUGUUAUGAAUAUCUUAGAAACUAAAACUUCCCUAAUAGAUAGAAAGUUAGUCACACAACUUAAAAAUAGAGAAGUAUUUAUCUCUAUUAGUGAGGAUUAUAUUAAAAAACUUAAUAUUUCUUGUAUAGAUGUAACACAAUUACCCAUGCUAGUUAUUCCUAAUAAACCAGAUGUAAAUGGAAAAUAUUUACCAUAUAUACAUGGUGAGAUUAGUCAUAUUUAUAAUACAUUUGAUAGUGUAGUAAAACAUAAACACGAUCUUAGAGAUCAAGUUGAAAAUCAAUAUGUUCUUAAUCACACUAUUAAUUAUCUUAAUAAAACUGCAUUUACUAUAAAUAAAGAUGUUCUUGACUUUAUUUUACUGGAAUGGUACAACGAAAAUAGUAAAUUCUUUAAUGGACUUAAUAAAGAACAGGUUAUAUCUAAAUCAGAUAGUGAAGAGAUAAGAAACAGUAAACAGUCACAUAACAGUAAAUAUUGGAGAUAUUCAAAUACAAUAAAUAUUGCUAAAGUUUACAGAAAUUCAAUCUUUUAUUUACCAACCUUUGCUGAUUUCAGGGGAAGAGUUUAUACUUUAACUCAAUAUUUAAGUUAUCAAGGGGAUGAUCUAUGUAGAUCUUUAUUAUUAUUUGCUAAUGAUAAAGAAAAUGAACCUUUGAGUGAAAAAGGAUUUGAUUAUUUAUUAUUUUACUUAGCUAAUUUAUAUGGUAAAACAAAUUUAAGCUAUGAAGAUAGAAUUCAAUGGAGUAAAGAAAAUGUUAUAACACUUUAUGAUAUGUUUUUAAAUGAUACUGAUAAAUUUGAUAGUGAAGUUUUACCUAAAUUGAAAGAACCUUUCCAAUUCAUAAGUAUUAUGUUUGCUACAGUACGAUGCUUAGUUUUACUUUAUAAUGGUAAAGAGGUUAUAUUAAACAACCCUAUUUUAUUCGAUGCUAGUUGUAAUGGUUUACAACAUCUUUCUGCAAUGACAAGAGAAGUAGAUAUUGCGGUUAAAACUAAUCUAGUAUCUUUACCUGAUUCUCCGGAGAUGCGAAAUGAUUUCUAUCUUUAUGCUGCUACUCUGGUGCAAGCUGAACUGGAUAAAUGUGAUAAUGAUAAUUUAAAACAAAUAAACAUUUCAAGAGAAAUCGUAAAAAAAACUGUUAUGACAAUCCCUUAUAAUAUUACUUUAUUUGGUGUUAAAGAACAAAUGAAAGAACAUUUUGAAGUUUAUAAAGAGGGAAAAAAAAUAUUUUAUAAAGUUGAGGCGAGAUUAACUAAAAAUUCUGAACCUUUAUAUCUUAUACCAAAUGAAUUAAAUAAAUUAGGUACUAUUGUAUAUGAAGCUCUUAUUCAUAAUUUACCUUCCUUAAGGGUAUUAAGUGAAUAUUUAGAAGAACUUUUAACUAUUUUAUUAAAAUUAAAUGAGCCUGUAAUUUGGAUUACACCUUCGGGGUUAAAAAUAUCUUUAAGUAAUGUUAAAUAUGAUCAUAUUAGAAGUUCUAGUUCUUUAUUACCAUAUGGAAAACCCGUAACUAUUUCAAUACCAACUCAAAUUUUAAAUACAAGAAGAAUUAAAACCAGCUUUAUGCCUAAUUUAGUCCACUCACUUGAUGCCUCUAAUAUACAUUUACUUUGCGAAAACUUAACUAAUCAACCUUUAUAUACAAUUCAUGAUUGCUUCGCUACGACACCGAAUAAUAUGGAAUUUAUUGAAAGUAGUGUUAAAAAUGCAUUUAUUAAAAUAUACUUUAGCAGUGGGAAUUACUUAGAAAAAAUGCACCAAAAUAUGAUGGAUCAAAUUAAGAGUUAUGCUACUGAAUUUUCAACAAUUGACGGUAAAGAAUAUGUUACAAUUGAUAAUAAAGAUUACUUAUUACCUACUCUACCAAAAUCAUUUGUAAAUAAAGAAAUGGUAGACAUAUUUAUUAAAGGGAUUCAAAAAUCUAAAUUCUUUAUUAGUUAA